AGCGUUUUUUCUUGUAUGUCCCUCCAUCGGCCGGGGCCGGCGGCUUCUGCGCGCCUCGAGAGCGACGGUGAUGGAGGCUCUGCAGAGUGUCCAGGGUAUGAUAAGGCAAAACUCCUUGCUUCUCCCGUGCGUUAUCCUGGGCCUGUCCUUCUUAAUGAUCCUGUCCUACCACUUCGUUUUUGAGAAGAGGGACCCCAACUUUCAGGUGUUUCUGAUUGUAGUGACGAUGACCAUGGUUCCGACGUCCUACGUCGACGCCACGAUCUCGAAGUGCGGGGACCCCAACGCGGUGUUCAGGAAGUUCGGCCUCAAGGUGCUGCUCAUGCACGCUCUUUUCCUGUCCAUCCGGGCCGCAUGCAUGAUGUCACGCAUGGUGCCGCCGGACGCAUUCAACAACUGGGGAAACAUUCUGGGUUGGUGGAUAACCGGCGCCAUCUCUGCAUGGCUUGCGAUUGGCCUAGGCUACAACAAGCAGCUGUCUAGCAUCCACACGCACUUCGAUGUCGGAGUGCUGGUAGUUCUGGCCUUUUGUGCUGCGCAGUCCACAGAACUAGUGGCGAACGGAAGCUUGGUGAUGCACCCCGCGCUGAUCGGCUCCAUGACGUCAGACUAUCUGGAGGUUCUUGCCUUCGUGCCGGGGGCGCUGGCGGUCAUACGAUACGGGAGGAAGGACUCCUUGUCGGAGAGAGUGGAUCCACAGGAGUACAAGAUGAACGCGCUGGCGUUCGGCAUCCUCGUGGUCGGCUUCUACAUAGUCGAGGACGUGGUCACGGCCUACCUGGCGCUCACCCACCACGAGCCGCCCUUCGAGUCGGUGGCCCACCUGCUGCAUUUUGUGGUCCUCGCCGACUUCGGCUUCUUCGUUAUAGCCUCCGCGUUCGACCCAGAGAACAAACAGCGCAGCACCAUGCUCGGCAAUUUUGGGGGUUCUUUGUUCUCUGAGGCUGUCUGACGCCGCUGGUGGCAACGCUUAACGACGACGCUUGAAGCUGAGAUUGGCGAGGGUGGGCUGUUCCCAGGGGAUGGAGGGAGGCAGGGAUGGACGGCGAUCGGCGGGGCUCCCAGAGAGCCCGCCGCAGACAGCGGGGGCCGAGCCAAUGCUCGAUCGGGCCCCGCGUCGCGGGCGUGACGCUGCGAGCGGCCUGGCGCGCGCUCGCAGGCUGGGGCUUUCGCGCAUAGAUAGUGUACCUGUAUCCUCUAUACGGGGAGGAGCGGCAGCGGCAGCGGGAGGAGGAUAUAAGCCUCCCGUCUAUGCUUGUCUUGCUCUGCCACAGCGCUGACCCUGACGUUAUUUUCCGUCGAGCGCCUAGCAGAGGCAGGUUCACGCAGAUAGAACGACUGACCCCCACGUGUGCCAUGUCCUUGCGCUGAAA